AUGCUGGCUUCAAUUCUUUCUUCGUACGCGGAGGACGAUGAGAGUCCGUCGGGCGCUGCUGGGGGAUCAAGCGAGAGUUCUGCGGCGGGCGCGGCUACCAGCGUCGUGCCGCCGGUUUCCUCGGAGUUUUCCGCGCAGCCGACUAAAAAGCGUGUUGACCUCACGCGCUUGCAGAUGUGCUGUCCAGGCAUUAUCGGCGCGGGAGAGGUGACGGGUUCCAGCUUCGGCGCGCACUCGCUCUUCGCCAUCCGGCGCACGCCCUCGUCAGCGCCAGCUGCGCCUUCCGCCGCAUCGGGAUUGUCAUUUCCAGUUCCCCAGAAGGGCCGAAACGCCGCGCCCGCUUCAGCCUCGGCAAAGCGCUCGCCGGCUGCGGGCUCUCCGCAGGACGCGAGUGCGUUGCCUGCGCCCGACGUUGUCGUGGGUCCUGACAACGUGCCGCUGCUCAGGUACGCUCGAGGAGUCUUUGCGAGCGCGGAGGAGGAGGACCUCGAAGAGUUUCGGCAACUCAAGCAGCAGCAGCAUCGUCUGCGCAAGCAGGAUCCGGAGACAGUCCGCCGGGCGGCGGCUGCCUCGCCGGAGGCCGACGGUUUGCCGCCGCCUAGCACGCGGAGCCAGGCGCUCCUGCGCAUGCUCCCCAUGCCGCAGAGCGCGAGUCCGGCGCAAGGCGGCUCCUGGAGCGCUCUCUGCCUCGGGGCGCGCACGGCAGCCGCGAAGCCUGAAGAGCCGCCGAAGGCUGCGCAGACCAAAGCCGACGCAGAAGCCCAGAGACAGGGGGGAAGAAGCAAACACGAUGCCGCGUCGGCUGGAGAGGAUUUUGGCCCUGCAGGCGCCGACGUGGGCGGCGCGAAGCCGGCGAGCGGCUCUCAGAAGCGGCCGGCGGGCGGGAGCGACCCUCCGGCGGAGGCAGAGAAGGACACAGAAGAGGCAGACGGCGCGUCAGGGCCGCUUUUCUCUCUCUUCUCCGACUACAACGAUGACGAAAAACAAGAAGAGCCAGACACCGAUGCGAGGCUUCUGCCUGUCAAGCAAGAACCCCUCCCCUCCUCCGCGCCCGCGAAGAGUGGAGCAGAAGCCUCGUCGGCUCCAUUUUCGUCCUUUUCUUCUGCGCCGUCUGUCUUCAAGCAACAGAAAGCAGAGGCGAGCAUCGCCUCGGAGUUUGCUCAAGCUGCUGCUCCCUUGUACGGGCCCGAAGUUCCCGCGGAAGCCGCAAACGCGGACGUCUGGAGCGGAGAGCAAGUACUAGUCUCAGGCGAUCACGACGACUCGCAGCCGCUGCAGAUGAUGCAGGGCAUGUCCCUCAGAGAGUAUCGGGAGCUGCAGAAGGCGAACGUUGGAGUGGUUUCUGGCGAAGCACUGCGCGAUCCCAACUGGCAGGUGAAUGCGCAGCUCCAUGGAACGCCAGCGCAGGCGAAGCGCGCGAAGCUGACCAUCACGACCAACGUCUGGAGUGCGAAGACCCAGGGCGUCGUUCAGACGCAGGAGCCCGGGGGCAUGCAGAAGAGAAAGCACCAGAUCAACUGGCUGGCGGCGGAGGCCGCGGAGAAAGAGCUGGAGAUGUGGGAGAUGCUUUCGAAGAAUCGCCAGAACAAGUAUCAGACUGCAAUGAAAUACGGGUGGUAG